CAGGUUCCCGGAUGUCGUGACGUGUGCGCCGCGUUAUGGCGGAUGUUGCUGUUAUAAAAGACAGCUUGAGAGCCGGGGUGAUUAUUUUGUCACGGUUCCUUGUGUUUCACCUACCUAGUGAAUCUGUUGUUGAUCAAGAUGUUCAGUCUUGGCGUCUCCUUCAUCCUGUUUGCCGUGAUUACCAGGCUACAUGCUCAGCCAAACGCAUGCUCCCCCAAGGACCCUGGACCAUUCCUUGGAACUACUCCAGUCCUGACUAUAGAUGUGCAAGAGGAUGCCCCUCUCAUGACACUCGGCGAGUUGAGGGUUCACGGUGUAUUGGGAGGACAAGGUGCAGACGGCAUGGUGUUUGAGGUUCUUCCCAACUACCUCUUUCUCAACCCUGAAGACUACUUCAACUUCGUCUACAAGAACAACACCAACUUUGCAGAGCUGAAAUUACAGUUGGAUCGCGAUGGUCCCACUGCAGAGAUGGAUGACGACCUGAAUUAUUUCAGUUUUACAUUGAAGUGUUCGCUGGCUGCCAACACUUCCAACGAGACAUACUUCGAUGUCAAGAUCUUCGUACACGAUGUUAAUGACAACAGCCCACAGUUCGGUGAUUUCUCCACCAACAUCACAGUAAACGAGCUGACCCCUGUUGGAACGACCGUCCUGCACGUGGAAGCCACCGACCUUGACCUGUUGAACAACCUGACCUACACCCUGCGACCUCGCUCGGAGACAUCACGUUCUGAUGACAUGAGCAGUCAUUUCGCUAUUGACCCUGUCACUGGAGAUAUCACCAUCAGCCAUCCUUUGGAUUACGAGGCUAUGUCAGAGGGCUCUCUCACGGUCAUGGUCCAGGAUGACGGCUCGCCACAGCAGUCUAGCACCAUGAUGCUCACAGUGCACGUGACGGAUGGGGAUGACCAGGGGCCGGUCUUUGUCUACCCAGGAUGCUUUACUUACCUAAACCGCUGCCUGGCCUAAGUAUACUGCCUCCAACGUCCUGAAGCAGGGGGAGGAGAUCAGGGUGAGGCCAGUCCCAAACAAAGUCGAUACCUAUGUGCCCAUCAAAGCUCGAGAUCUGGAUAACUCCAACAACACCAUCACUUUCUCCAUCAUAUCAACCAUUCCUCCUGGUAGUGAGGACAAAUUCACUGUCAA